AAUAAAUGUUCUUUACAUAGUGGCUCUUUCAAGUCCUGCUGCUGCUAUAUAAACUCUUGUUCAGUUUUUUAUAUGACCAUCUCAACAUUUCUCUUAAGUGCUUUCUCUAAAGUGGCAUAUCUUGAUAUAAUAUAACCACUACUCAAACCAUCCUUAUCUCACUCUGAAUCUACAUUCUGUGAAAACAUAUACAUAAAGAAUCUAAAGAUGAAGAUUUUUAAGCAAUUCAUUAACAGGUGGCAAAAGAUGGGUAAUAGUGUCGAACCUGCUGCUGACUGUGACAACUGCUGCCAAUGGGCUUUGUGGCGCUUCAGGCAUCAAGAAGAAGACUGCAUUCCCAGAGAUGUCCCAAAGGGUCACUUGGUUGUUUAUGUUGGUAAAGAGUACAAGAGAUUUGUAAUCAGGAUCAGUUUACUUGAGAACCCGCUCUUCAUGGCACUGCUUGAUCAAGCUCGAGAGGAGUAUGAUUUCACAGCUACAUCUAAGCUCUGGAUACCCUGCAAUGAGGAUGUCUUUCUCAGUGUUGUUCGAUGUGCAAAAUCUCGGAAACAUCAAAAUGUCCUGCUGACUCUGAGGGGUCAGUCAACAGAGCUCUUCACUAAAUUCUAUUCUUGAUUGUAAUCUUAAAUUUAGAUUGCUGAAUUCUUGUAUUGUGUGCCAAUUAUUGAAACUGUAUAUCUUAUCUUACCAUUGUGCUUCAAAGCAAGAAAUAUAUU